ACCCAAGAUGGAAACAUUGCAAAUACUAGUAGAGGAGGUUAGGUAUGAUCAAAGCUACCAUGACCCAAUUCUUCCUCUAAUCCAUUCGUUUAUUCAGCUUCUGGGCCCGAGCUGGAACUUCAUGCUGGGAGCUGCCCGGGACCAAGAAGGCGCUAACAAAUAGAGCGGUGGUACAGCACACUGUGUACUCUAACGUAUGUGGCUGGGCAUUGGGCUGCCAGCGAAUGGGAUGAGAGAGCACUGGAUGCUAUGUGGGAUGUGUGCUGGCCCUUGUGCGGUUGAGAUUUUUGAGCGGGACCUGCUGGGACCCGCUAGCGAAGCUGGAUGCGAUUGGCACUUGGACCGUGCCAUUGCCAAAUGGGUGGACACUGGACAGUGGACACUGGACAGGCUGGGCGACAGGGCGCUCCAGGACGGACCCCAAAGCAACCGAAAGUCAUUAAACCCCCAGGCCCCGUCGCCCUCUUUAACCCACAAUCCCUCUGCGAUCUCUUUCCCCCCCAAGACUCUUCUUCGGCCCCCUUUCCCUUUUUCCCAUUCUAUCUGGACAGUGUCGCAGGAGGGUCUUUUCCGGUCACUCAUCUCUACUGCACUUGCACGCCAGGCCUCUGUCACAACUCACAAUUCUCAUCUUUUUUCAUCCCAUCAACACCCCAGAGGUAAUCUUUUGCUCUGCAGCAGCCGACCGCAGCGCUCCCGCCGACCGUCUCAGACAUUACGUGUCGCAGCCCUUCUCCCACCGCCGCGCGACCCUGUCGACCAGCUCGCCGUGCCUGUGUGAUAGACAUCGAUACCUGGGGAUCCUUUGAUCGGUUUCGUUUCGUUCGAACAAGAGCUUUAAUCCCAUUCACCCAUUGUUUCUCGGCCCUUGUCCUCCGCUUAGCCCCCGGCAGCUCAACGGCAUCCAACGACCGAACGGCCCUAAUCACUCUCCCCGCCAUCGCCGGCCGCCCACAGUCGCACAGACGGGCCGACUACCGCAAGCAGCUCUACUUGUUGUGCUAAUUUCCCAUGUCACGGGCUGGCCUCGGGAUUUGCGUUUAAAA